AACUGCGCACAUCGCAACUAACAUUUAUGUGCAAAACAAAGAUGGCGGUGUUAAUGCAUCGACUUUCUACUCACAGUAAGGAUGUUAACUAUUGCAGUUUCUCUGCUUGCAGCAAGGUACUCGCAUCAGUAUCUGGAGAUAAAACAGUGAGGCUCUGGGAUGUUGAGCAGGGGUCUGAACUUGAGUUUUCUCCGCUAACCGGCCACAAUUACCAAGUAGCGACUUGCGCCUUUUCACCUUUCGGCACACUUCUUGCUACAGGCUCUCAAGAUAGCACUGUUAUUUUGUGGAAUACAAGUAAUGGUAGUAAAGUUAAUGUUCUUAAAGGACAUGGAAGUGGCAUAAAAUGCUGCAGCUUUUCACCAAAUUCAAACUAUUUGGCAUCGGCCUCAAGCGACGAGACUUUGUGUAUUUGGGAUAGCAGCUCCGGGCAGCUCAUCCGUGUGUUGAAAGGAAACGACUGCAACUUUUCAACAUGCCGGUUCACCCCUGAUAAUUUGUAUAUCCUCUCCGGGUCAUCAAACGGUGAUUUAAGAUUGUUUGAAGUUCAAUCUGGUAACUGUAGGGUAUGCAUUAUGGCACACGACAAAGGCUUAUCUGGUGUUGGAGUUACUGGAUGUGACUUUUCGCCCAGCUUUGGGUCUGCAGAUCCUGGCAAUAAAACUUCAAAUUCAAAUGGUGAAUCACCACAUUUUCUUGCCGCUUCAUGUGGUGGCGAUAAUACAGUGAAACUAUGGAAUGUAUUCACAGCAUCUGCCUAUUCAGAAAAGUGCCACAUGCAGCUCAGGUUUACCUUUGAUGGCCACCAGGGACAGGUUUGGGAUUGCAAGUUCUCAGCAAAUGGCAAAAUGCUUGCCUCUUGUUCGUCAGACAAGAAUGUUAUCCUCUGGGAUCCAAUCAAAUGUACAAUGCUGCAUACAAUAGCAGGGCACACAAGGUAUAUCACCACGGUUGCUUUUGCUCCUAAUGGAAUGUACCUUGCUACUGGAUCAAAUGACAAAACUGUCCAGAUCUGGAAAUUGAAUGAAAAUGGAGCAGAUACACUCAAGGGCCCAGAUUCCAUAUCAGAAUUGCAAGGCAAACACUCUCUUAAUUCUACUGGAAAGAAAUUACUCCUCUCUUGGGAUGUCAAUGAUGUGUGUGAGUGGCUUGGAGAACUUGGAUUAAGCCAGUAUUCUGAAAUAUUCCGAACAAAUGAGAUUGAUGGAGCAGAGUUGGCAAACAUUGAUAACAAGAUCUUAUCUGAUGAUCUUGGAAUAGCUCCACUGGGACACAGAAACAAGAUUCUGCGGGAAAUUAAAAGGAUCAAAGCUGAGGAGCUAGAUGGAAUGGUCCCAGAUGAAUUUCUUUGCCCUGUAACCAGGGAGAUUAUGACUGAUCCUGUUAUUGCAUCCGAUGGCUUCUCUUAUGAAAGGUCUGCUAUCACUGGUUGGAUUGAGUCUGGCAAAGUCACAAGUCCCAUGACAAAUGCACCGCUUAAUAACCCAAAUCUGACGCCAAAUCGGUCCCUGAAAAAUGCCAUCAUGAGGCACUUUGCUAGUGCUCCUUCUGCUUGUCUUCUGUAAACAGCAGUGAUUUUGAAGAAAUAUUUAAUCCACAACUCAUAUAUUUGGCACUUUCAGGACUAAUAUCACACAAUUUGACUCAUUCCUCCAUCGAAAUUUGCCCAGUUUAUUUGAGGUCAGUUGGGGACGGCAAAAAUCACAAUGAUGACAAGUCAUGCUUUUUUAGUUAUCAACAACUUUCGUAGCUACUAGCAUAUGACUGGAAAAGACAAUCGGGAAAAUCACACAAUUAUUAUAUUUAAAUGUAUGUAUUAAUUAAUAUUCCAUAAUUGCUAACUGUGA